CUUUCUGGACGUUUUCUCGAAACGACGGUACGGUGAUGAAAAGUGGAGUUUCCAGUUUUCAGACUGAUGCUACGAUAAUGAUCCGCCAUGGCGUCGUCAUACUAGUUGCUCUUUUGUGGUUUUCCACAGCCGAAGCUUCUCAGUGCUCAAUUAAUGGACUGCCACUCGUGAAGAAUAUCAGCGAGUUUCCACUACACAACUACGGGAGGUCAGGUUUAUCUCACACUACAAUUGCUGGUUCAGUCUUGCACGGCAUGAAAGAGAUAGAGGUGUGGCUACAAACAUUUGCCCCCGGAUGUCGCACACCAAUCCACAGGCACUCAUGUGAAGAAGUUUUUAUCGUCUUGAAGGGUCAAGGCACUCUCUAUCUUGCUCCUAGUUCACAUUCAAAGUACCCAGGAAACCCACAGGAGUUUCAUAUAUUCCCUAAUAGCACUUUUCAUAUCCCCGUUAAUGAUGUACACCAGAUAUGGAACACUGGUGAACAUGAAGAUUUACAAGCUUUAGUUGUUAUAUCUCGUCCUCCAGUGAAAGUGUUUAUGUACGAUGACUGGUCGAUGCCACACACAGCUGCCAAAUUGAAGUUCCCGUAUUACUGGGAUGAGAAAUGUUAUCAGACAACAACGAGGAAAGACGAGCUUUAGCCAGAAAAGUAGGCUAUGCAGUUACUUACAUUUAGCUAGUGUUUGAUAUGUUUCUGUAUUAUGCUGGGGUCUAGCUUAUUUGAAGGAGUCAAUGAUUGACUAAAACAGGUCUUGCAGUCAUACAUAGUACAAAUGUGUUACCCAGUCACCACAUUAGGAGAACUUUAGUUGUACUCCCUAGCUACUAAUACAUGAUUUCUUUAAUUGAGAAACAUUAGUAAAUGCGGUUUCUGUGUU